AUGGUGUCCUUCUCCUCCAUCCUGCUGGCCUGCUCCGCCGCAAUCAGUGCACUAGCAACUCCAAUCGAGCCAUUCGCAGACAAGCCCGACGAGUCUUUCAACGAAACCUCAAUUCAUGACCUUGUCACCCGCUCCACGCCCAGCAGCACAGGCUACCACAAUGGCUAUUACUACUCCUUCUGGACCGACGGCGGCGGCGACGUGACCUACACAAACGGCAACGGCGGCUCCUACGCAGUGCAAUGGUCGAACGUCGGUAACUUCGUCGGCGGAAAAGGCUGGAAUCCCGGAAGCUCCAGGGCAAUAAGCUAUUCGGGAACCUUCAACCCCAGCGGAAACGGCUACCUAGCCGUCUACGGCUGGACUACCGAUCCCCUAAUCGAAUAUUACAUUGUCGAAUCCUAUGGCACAUAUAACCCCGGCAGCGGCGGCACCUACAAGGGUCAGGUUACCUCCGACGGAGGCACGUAUGAUAUCUAUACCUCUGUCCGCUACAAUGCGCCAUCUAUCAUCGGGACGGCGACUUUCACGCAGUUUUGGUCUGUGAGGACCUCGAAGCGUGUGGGUGGGACCGUCACUACAGGGAAUCAUUUUAACGCGUGGGCGAAGUAUGGGUUGACGUUGGGAACGCACAAUUAUCAGAUUGUGGCUACGGAGGGGUAUCAGAGUAGUGGGUCUUCUGCUAUUACUGUUUACUGA